AUGACUUCUUCGACCACGGGACGCACGACCUCAGGGGCCCCGACAACGAAUCCCUUCAUUGUCGUUGGCGCCUGCACGUAUUCCGACGGCUGCGUGAGGAGCGCGAACUACCCGUACGAUUACGGUAACAGCGAGUCUUGCAUCAUCGCUUUACGGUCUGCGUCGGUAUGGCUUACGCCGACGUGGUUCCAUAUUGAGGAAGAUUAUGAUUGGGUGGCAUUGGACGGUACAGCUUGGUACUCUGGCUACGGUUGGAACGGAGACGAUCCAUUCGAGGUCACUUCUAUGAUCUAUUGGACCUCUGACUACUCGGUAACCCGUAGUGGUUGGCAGCUUUGCCUUGCCUGA